GCAAGCGGUCAGAUGGCGCAAAUCGUAUUUAAUCGAGAGAUCCAAAUGUAGUUGAACAUACUGUGGGUCGCUUGUCUUGGGAUUUGCCGCAAAGAGCUAAAAUAUACCAUCCAACAAUUUACUCGAAUAGUCAUCAGUCCAAGCCGCUACAAUGGGUGACAAACUAACACAACAACAACUUGCAGAAAUAGAGGCAGCUUUCAAGAGAUUUGACAAGAACGGUGAUGGUGCCAUCAGUGCAGAGGAGUUGGGUAACGCCAUGAACGAAGCAGGGCAGCCAGUGAGUGAAAGUGAACUGAAAGAUAUGAUCCGCGCUGUGGAUGUCAAUGGCAAUGGUCAAGUAGAAUACAAAGAGUUCGUUAACAUGAUGGCUAGUCAGCUUGGAAACCCCAUGCCCACAGAAGAAAUGAAAACGUACUUUGCUAGUUUUGAUAGAAAUGGUGAUGGUUUCAUUGGUCCUGAUGAAAUGAAAUGCCUCGUCAAGGCCUUCUAUUCCAACCUUACUGGUGCGGCUUUAGAGAAACAAGUUAAAAGUAUGAUCAAAGCAGCUGAUACAAAUAAUGAUGGAAAGAUUAGUUUUGAAGAAUUUGAAAGGGUUCUCAAAGCAUCAAGUGAUUAGACAGACCCAUGCAAGAGUCCAGUUUCUCUCGGUAGCGCCUGCCCGCAAAGGGAAAAGAAGAAACUGGACCCAACCAAUGAAUGUAACCUACGCUUUUAGUCAUUAUUUCAAUUGUCAAAAUCAAUCCAUUUAAUUUACUAAACAAAUCGUGUUAUUUAAAUCCAUGUAUGUGGUUUGUAGAAAAUAUUAUAUUCCAAGGGAUAAUCCAUGAUGGAUUGCAUGUAGUUUAUGCAAUUAAGCUGGGUGCUCGGGCACCAGUACCAAGUUUGGUUGAACUAUUCAUCAGACAGGAAAUGUGUUAACUUGUACAGAAUCAAUACCAAAGUAAGAUAUCAUCAAAUUCCAAAUCUUGCAAUUCAGUUUUGAAAUGUUCAUAUUUGAAGAGAACACACCAUUGCCUACAUUUCUGCCAACUUUAAGGCUGUUGCGAGCUUUAGAAGUUGAGAUAUUGGGUAAUUAAGCUUCAAAAUUUCCCAUACGUUUCCUCUUAUUUUGGACUGGAUCCAACCAUGACCACGUUAGAUCCAGCCUCAAAUGAUAGAAAAUGUAUGAGAAAAUGUUUGUAUUAAAUUAACUAUAUCUCAGCUGUAGGCAUCGAAAGACUUGGAAGACACAGCGUUGCGGUUAUCUGGAGCGCACCCUCAUUCAUAUGACAACGAUAACCCACCCAAAGGAAUACAGUCACAGGAUAAAAUAAAUGCUUCAAUGUUAACA